UCAGAGUCAAGCUUCAAGUUACUCUCGGCUUUCACUAUGUCUAUGCUCGACAAAUUUCGCAAGGGUGCACAGAAAGCAACCAUUCAAGCCAGUGCUUUCGUGAAGGAGGGCUCCCAUCGUGUCGCUACCGGCUCGCAGACGUUCGUUCAGGGCUUCAGCUUGCCUGGAGAGGCAGAUAAAGCUGCUAAGAUCUUGGAAAGUUUCUUGGCUGACCCUGACCGACCCGAAUCUGCACUGAACUCAAUACCGAAGGCUGUCCUGCAGAGAGCACGAGGUCUCGCUGUCUUCCAAGUCCUCAAAGCAGGCUUCGUCUUCUCCGGCAAGGCAGGCUCAGGCCUCGUUAUCGCGCGCCUCCCCGACGGCUCUUGGUCCGCGCCAUCAUGUAUCGCUACCGGUGGCGUCGGCUGGGGCCUACAAAUAGGUGCCGACAUCACAGACUUCGUCGUUGUGCUCAACAGUGAGGAUGCCGUGCGGGCGUUUUCAAUUGGAGGAAAUGUAACAAUCGGAGGGAAUGUGAGUGCUGCCGCGGGCCCCAUCGGCACUGGAGGAAGUGUGCAGGCGAGCUUGGCGCAUCCAGCCCCGAUGUUUUCGUAUUCGAAGUCAAAGGGUCUUUUUGCUGGACUCUCGCUAGAAGGGACUGUUCUUAUCGAGCGGAAGGACGCAAACCGCGAUUUCUACGGUUCGCCAAUCCCCGCUCGCGAUAUUCUCGGCGGCCGUGUGCCCCCUCCAGAAGUCGCAUCGAAAUUAUACGAAAUCAUCGAGGCGGCAGAAGGACUCGACGAGUCUGGGCUGCCGGAGGAGGCGUAUAUCCCUACUGCUUCGGGCGAUCACAUCCAUGUCACCGGACAGGGUGGAAACCAGACUGUGUUCGAUGCGGAGGGGCACUAAUGGAAUUGUUUAGAUUAUGUUAGGUGUAAAGCCCGGAAAUGGAAUAGCAGUAAAGAGAGAAGGUUCAUCAACACACCCCAUACCACGGUACGAUACGAUAACGAUUUCAUUGUUCAUUCCUGCUUUUAUGGUACAUGCCAGUAGCUGUCUCUCUUAUUUUUUUCUUCUGUGCCUGUUCAAAUCAGGUGUAUAUUUCUUGAUUGCGCUGCUGCGCGUGCCACGAUCCUAACACAUAACAAUGUCGUGAAUGUUCCCCAUGUAUCAAAGUUCAGGUGAAGGAGAUCGCAUGAAUGUCCUUUUCAGUAGUAAUUACAACCAGUCAAUCGACUC